AGACGAAGUUUGAUAGGGAAAAAACAAAGAAUAAAACUCUCCAGCUCAUAUUUGAAAUAUAUACAUAAAAAUAUAGUUUUUCACUAAGAGUAUUUUUUUUCCUUUUGUCAAAAACAUCCUAAAAGGGUCUUAUUUUGUAAAAGCUAACCGGAAGUGCUUCGUCAAAGCGUCAAAAUUAGCACAGAGUGUCGCGCGACAGUUUCUGUGUCAUGAAUUUACUCCUAAUGCCCGUUUUUAAGUCUCAGAAUGCGGCGUUACAUUCGUGCACUGGUGCUGUGCAUGGUGUUUGCCGUGUUUUCGGGCCUGUUCGUGUACAGUAAACUGCUUUACUCCGACGUCUCGGUCGCUAGCGGAGCGAAGAGGGUCUUCAGCCCCCCGCGAGACCCCGGAGGAGGACAAGGAGCCGCGAGCGAAACUGGGGACCGAAACCCACACCGGGCCAACAGGUUCUUCACGCCUGAUGGCAGGGAUAUAGAAAGCCGACGUCCGCCCUCCAUGCAUCUGGCUGUGGUGACCUGUGGGGACAGGCUGGAGGAGACUCUCACCAUGAUCAAGUCGGCGGUGCUGUUCAGCAUCAAGCUUCUUCAUUUGCACAUCUUUGCGGAAGAUCAGCUCCAUGCUAGCUUUGUAGAAGCUCUGGAGCUUUGGCCUGGUUUUGUUCGCUCCACCUUUACCUACACCCUCCACCCCAUCAGCUUUCCCAGCGACAAUGCAAAAGAAUGGAAGAAACUUUUCAAACCCUGUGCAUCGCAGAGACUCUUUCUACCUCUGAUCCUAAAAGACGUGGACUCUGUGGUUUACGUCGACUCGGACAUCCUCUUCUUGCAGCCCGUGGACGACUUGUGGGACUUUCUGUCCCAGUUCGACCCCUCCCAGCUCGCCGCCAUGGCCCCAGAGCAUGAGGAGCCCCGCAUAGCUUGGUACAACCGUUUCGCCAUGCACCCAUUCUACGGCAGGACGGGCGUCAACUCUGGCGUCAUGCUUAUGAAUAUGACGAGGAUGAGGAGCGCAUACUUCAAGAAUGACAUGACGCCGGUGGGGCUGCUUUGGGAAGAGCUGCUGAUGCCUCUGCUGCAGAAAUACAAGCUGAACAUAACCUGGGGAGAUCAGGACCUUCUUAAUAUUAUUUUCCAUCACAACCCUGAGAUGCUGCUGGAGUUUCCUUGCAAGUGGAAUUACCGUCCGGACCACUGCAUCUAUGGCAGUAACUGUGCUUCCGCUGAAGAGGACGGCGUCUAUGUUAUGCACGGAAACAGAGGAGUUUACCAUGACCAGAAGCAACCGGCCUUCAGGGCCGUUUACCAGUCUAUAAAGAAGUACGUCUUCGGCACAGACCCCGUCACCUCGCUGCUGGACGCUUUAGUGGAGGAACUCUCAAAGACGACACACACUUACUGCGGCAAAUCUCACACACUCCUCACAAAGAGGCUGGAGCGCAGUCUGGCGAACGUCAAGAAACACGACGGCGACUUUAGAAACCCAAACGUAGGACGUCACCUGCCUGGGUAGAAUUGAUGUGCACGAAGCUCAAAGAAAGGAAGCAAGAGAUGUCUCUAGAGGAACGCAGUUUGAUGCUCUGCUGGGAUUGACGGAUUUUGAAAAGCUUUAAAAGACGGAAACCUCUAAUACUGCUGGACUUUAUUUUUUAUGCUUUUGGUUGCUGACCGAAAGUGCAGAAAAGCAGACGUUGCUUUAGAAUUUCCAUAUUGGAGAAUUGAUGUAAAACUCUUAAUAGAAGAGAUUAGACCAUUGACUGUAUUAGAGAACUGGAGCGAUUGAGUGUGGAAAAAAAAAAAAACUGCUCACUUCAGGUUUGUGAUACAGAUGUCACCAAGUUGGAGCCUGACGUCGUCAAUAAGAAGUGAUUGGUUGGAGUUGUUGUUUCUAUGGUAACCACUCGCACCAAUCAGGAGUGAGCUUGUUAGAAGGCCACACCCCCACCACUAGAAAGCAAACUUUGUCAUUCGAAUGUGUGACGUUAGACCACACGCUUUUAAAGAGGUAUGUGAUUGAUCCGUUUAAAACUUGACUCACUUGCAAUAGAAAAAAAAUAUGAAAAAAAUUAGUUUGAGCCAUAAGGUGUUAAAAAUGGCCAAAUUACCCUAUGAUGUCAUCGAUUUCCCAAAGUAUAAGCCUAAUGAAUAUGAACAUUUUACAAAGACCAUCUAUGAAUCCACGGACAAAACAGAACUUGGAUGGUUUGUUAAAAAAUAAAACAAUUUUCUCACAAAAUUGUUAAUAGCAAUGCAUUGUGGGCUACAUUUUCCAAUCUAGUUAGCAUAGCACACUGAUUUUUUGCAAAGACUUCUGGGAAAUUUCUCAAUUUUGGAGUUCAGACACCUCUACAAAGUAGCAAGCACACUUUUUAGUGUAUUAAGUAGUGAGUAGCAAAGGAAUAUGGACACAGCCUAUGCAAUUUUGACUUCUUACAGCCAGUGGGGGAGGGGUCUCUCAGUCCAGUACUUAUAUUCAGCCAAUGGGUUAGAACCACAAUAAAUAAAUGUUUUCAGAAAACUUUUGUUGAACUUUGUCAUCGUAGCAUUUUGAUGCUAAAUCAACUUUAGUUGAAUUAGCAGCUAAUGCUAUACAUGUGUUUUCAGGGAAAAAGAGUUGAAACCAGGGGCGGAGCAACAAGGGGGGACCUUCCCCCCCAGCAAAAAAAAAAAAAAAAAAUGUACCCCUCAAUUUUUGACGUCAAUUUUAGUAUCAAUAUUGACACAGUCGAAGGAAAAACAUCAAUAAAAGCUUCAUUAAAGUUUGCAGAAAUAACAAAAGCAAAACUUUGCAAUGAAACUUUGAGCCCACCAAAUUAUUUGCUACGCCCCUGUAUUGUGUACACUGUCCCUUAGACAAAAUCCACGUUAUUUCCUUACUAUGACGAGGAAAUUCGUAUUUUUGGAAAACUCACCUAAUAAAAACUCAUUAAUGAUAAAAUAUAUAAGAUAUAAAUGUUCUAGCUCCGUCACUGGUUAAAAAAGUUUUUUUUUUUACAUGAACGCACAAGAAAAUAACUUGAAUUUGUGAAUAAGCUAUGAUUUCUCCUAAGAUACCAAAGAUUUUUGUUACUUUGAUUUUCCUCUACUGAAUGUACCUUUUAUUCUGAUUUUUAUAGGGAAAAAGACAGAAAUAUGUUGGUCAAUUUUGAUUUUUUUGUAUUUUUUUUUGUUUUAUAUUUUGUGUUGAACAAUAAAAAUGUUUCACUUU